UUAUUAUUAUUAUCGUUCUUUAUUGAUGUUAAUUUAAACUUAUUUCAUUAAUUAAACUUAGGCUAAUUAAUUUAUAGUUAAUUAAAUAAAUAAAUUUCAUCGAGGAAUUGUUGAAAAUUAAUUAAUGUGGAUUUACUUUGCAGUAUUGAACGUUUUUUUCAAGUUUAUCCAAGUUGGCGCAAAUUUAUUAUAUAUAUAGAUAAAUAAUUCAAUAAUUUAGAUAAUGGUUUCGAAAAUAAUCAAAAACUAAAUAAUUAAGUUGAUUGGUCGUUUAGUUAAUUAAUUAAUUUGAUUAAUUAAUAAAUAAUAUUUAUUUAAAUAUAAAGUUUAUUUAGUAUAAUAGACGGUAAACAAUCGACUGAACAAGGUAGAACUUAGAACUUGCUGUAAACAAAAGCCAAGGACAACAUUAACAACGACAACGACAUUAAAACAACAACUUCCAUUGCUAGAACAACAGCCGCUCAAACCUACUUGCAGCAACAAACGCAACAACACAUACGACAACUUCAAAAAAGCGACGAAAGCGAUUAACAACUACGUAUAAACGCUUACUACAACAACAUUAUUAACUUAACAUCAAUUACAACAACUACACUACAAAACAACAACGAUAUUAAAUAAAACAGCACAACAACGACGACAACAACAACAACAACACCGGCAACAAAAUGUCGUACAGGUACAUGAAAUUUCGAAACAUAUUCUUUCGGAGAAACGUGAUGGCGGGCGAUAAUAAACACCCCUUACCCCUGACCGAGGAACAAUUCAAAAUCGGGCUGCAAUUUCAAGUUAAGUAUAUUGGAUCUUUGGAAAUAUCGCGUCCGGUCAGUCGAGUCGAAAUCGUGGCCGCCAUGAGGAAAAUCAGAUUUGAAUUCCGUAUGAGAAGCAUUAAGAAGCGGAACGUGACGCUGAGAAUUUCAGUUGACGGCGUCAGAGUUACUACGAAAAACAGAAAGAGGAAGUUAGAUGAAAUAACCUUAUCAGAACACUCAAUAUCAAAAAUAUUCUACGUCUCACAUGACUCUCAGGAUCUCCAGGUGUUUAGUUACAUAUCCUGCGAUGAGGCCUCCAAGGUUUUCCAAUGUACCGUCUUCAAGGCGGCUAAAAAACAACUAGCAGUUCAGAUAGUUAAAACCAUCGGCCAAGCGUUCGACGUCUGCCACAAAUUGACGCUGGAGAACAAAUCAAGAUGUGACGACGAUGACGACGACGGAGCCGACGACGAUAAUGACGUCACUGCCUGCGUCAACAAUGAUGAAAAUAGAGACGAGAAUUUUGACGAGAAUUUGAUUAAAAUUGAUGAAUCGUACAAAGCCCCACCAAGCAUCAACAACCACAUCGACUACGUUAACUACAACAAUAACAACAACACUAACGGGAAUUAUAGCAGCAUCUUCAACAACAACAUCAACAGCAAUAGCGAAAACCUACUAUACGAUGUUUCAAUAUCACAACACAACCAACCACAACAACAACAAAAUCUUUUAUUACGUCAACAACUACAACAUUUCCGACACCAACAACAAUCGUUACUAUCACCGUCAUCAUCAGCGGCAACAACAACAUCAACGAUGACGUCAUUUUUGUUGCCGGCCGUUUUGCCCUAUACCGACAAGUACAAGAUAUCCAAUCCAUCUUUGUUCAACAGUCUCCCGAAACCUUUAUCGCCAUCGUCAGUGUCUCUAGUGCCGCCUCCAUCGUCACUUCUAUUACCACUCUCUUCAUCAUCGUCGUCGUCAUCAUCGUCAUCGCAUCCGGUUAUAUCACCAUCAUCAUCGUCGUCACUUCCUGUUACGUCACUACCGCUACCAUCAUCGCCGCUAGCUGCAUUCAUUCAGCAGCAGCAACAGCAACAACAGCAGCAACAGCAGCAGCAGCAGUUACAUCACCAACUGCAAUUCAAUCAGAUGUUCCGCUUGCUGGAGUUACAGCAUCGAGAGCAUGAGUGCAUCAUCAAUCAGCUAGUCGACCUGAAGAGACAGCUGACCUAUGAAAGUUCUGCCAGAGUCGAGGCCCAGCUGCAUCUGCGGGACAUCGUCAAGCAGAACGAACACCUGACCUUCCAGAUUUACUCGAUCGUUCGGAGGAUGGCCUUCGAAGGCAAGCACCUGGACCACGAAUUCACUAAGCAAGAGUUUCCAGUUGAUUCAAAGCACAGAGUCGACGCAACAACACAAGCGAUUUGUUCACUAAACUCAGAGACGAUAGCAGCAGCAGCAACAAACGCAGCUGCAACAGCUUCAACGUCAUCGUCAAAACAAACAACAACGUUAAAUCAAAACUCAUUGGACGACCCUGAACCUUGUAACUUCAACAACAUGUCGUCCACCACUGAAUACACUACCGACAGCGGCAGUCGCCACAUCCACAUCACAUCAACUCCUGUGGCGUCAACUAAAACUCUAGGUAACAUCAAUAUCACUAACAGCAGCAACAACAAAAUCAUUACCAGCAACACAAACAACAUUAACAUCAUCAACAACACAAACAACACAAACAACGUCAACAACAACAACCCACACAUCCCACAAAACAGCAACAACAACAUCAACAGCAACAACAACAACAAC